AUGUUAUGGGGUGAACCAUUUACCGUUUCUGUUACAGCUAUUGACAAAAAACAUCUGCCUACAACACGUUCUAUUAAUGGUAGUGGCAAAAAUCCAUCACCAAUUCGACAUAAAGUUAAAGACCACAACCUCAUUAAAAUUAUUAAUUCAGACAACUACUGCUUAUUUCGAUCAUUGUCUGCCACCUUUAUAUUUUCAACAUGCUCAUGGCCGAAAUGGAAGUUCUAUGACUAUAUGCAUAGCAGAUUAGGAAUGAAGAAACGUUUGGAACAUGAUACAACAUUCUUGAUGGAAAAUGUAGGAGCUCCUCUUGAUUUAACAACAUAUGAUGCAAAUGAAUGGGUACCCAAGGUGGUUGAUUAUUGGAAUUCAAGGAAUGAUGGCCUGUUUAAAGUUUUUAUUUUUGGAGAAUUGGGUGAGAAGCCUAUUUUUAAAUAUGGGGAUGAAAAUCACACUACUCCAAUUCUUCUUUAUUACAACAAUAAUCAUUUUGAUGGAGUUAGAAAAGCAAGCGAUUUAUUUGGUAAACCUUAUUGCCUAUCAUGUGAGAUAAUUUACAACCGCCCAAAAGAUCAUUCUAUCACCUGCACAUCAAAAUGUCAAAAUUGCUCCAGGAUCGGACCCAAUUACCCAUGCCAGCCUUUAGAUAACUACUUCAAACAUUGCUCUGAAAUGUGA